UAAUAUAACUCCAUGGACUAUUGUUUUUAUGAAUUUCCAAACUGAUUAAUUAUAGGUAUACCAAGAAAUAAGGUUAAACUAUUUAUUUUGAAAUACAGGAUGGUUUGGCACAAUGUUUGGAAUAUUACAAAAAUUCCGUGACAAAUUUGAUGAUUCCAAGAUGUCAUUAUAUUCGAUGCGAAGCAGACAGUGAAGCAUUUGUGGAAGAUUACAUAACAACAGCAUUAGUAAGCACGCUGAAGAUAAUAGUUCAAGCUAUUGAGAAUAAUAAGAUGAUUUUCACAGCAAACGGCAAUAUACCAUAUACAGUAAUUGAUUUUGUGAAAUUGUGUGUAUUUAAAUUUCUAAAUAAGCAAAAAACCGGCAAUACAGAAACAGAUAUGUGGAAGUUUAAGAAUCAAAAAAAAAUAUGGAACGAAUUUAUGAUUUAUUACUCAAAACUGAUUAUUGAUAGCAACGCCAAAUUUGACCACGAGUAUAUAUAUGAAUUAGAACUAGAUGUUUACGCCAAAUGUAAAUACUUACUCGGAGAAGUGAAAACAUAUUGUCCACAACACUACAUAGAUGGGAUUACCAAUACAUGGAUAAUAAAACCCACGUCAAACUGUUCUGGUCACGGAAUUAUAUUGUCUAGAGACUUGCACGCUAUAAAACAAAAAAUCACUGUAGCCGAUGUCUUUAGAAAAAGUUAUAUCUUACAAAAAUAUAUAGAAAGACCCCUCUUGGUGUAUACAUGUAAGAUUGAUUUGCGACAAUGGUUUUUAGUGACCAAUAUGAGUCCAGUAGUUGUGUGGAUGUACAAAGAAGGUUACGUUCGAUUUUGUGCCAACAGCUUCUCCAUGAAAAAAAUGGACGAAUCCAUUCACCUCAGCAAUGUCAGACUGCAAACGAAAUAUCGAAAAAUUAGGAAUCCACAAGUGCCCGAAGAAUGCAUGUGGAAUUACAGUGAACUACAAGACCAUUUGAGAAAAAUUGGACAAGAAUACGUAUGGGAUGAAUUGAUAUUUCCCGGAAUGUGCGAAAGUAUUUACGCUGUAUUGCAGGCCGCUACGGACACUACGGCUUACCGCGACAAAACUUUUCAAUUGUUCGGAGCCGAUUUCUUGAUCACCGAAAACUUUAUUCCGUAUUUGAUCGAGAUUAAUUCCACUCCUGGACUGAAUCCGUCGACGAGCGUUAUUGCCAACUUAGUCCCUGUUCUCCUAAGUGACAUUGUGAAAGUGACGGUUGAUCAUGUGAAAAACCCGAAUGCCGACACGGGACUGUUUGUAAAAGUUGUUCCGGAAAAGUGUAAACCAGCCACCGCGGUUCCGGUAGACAGCGACAAUCCCGCCGACUCGUCGGUGGUCUAUGCGGUGGGGCCAGCUGCGCUAACGACCGGUUACAAUCAGCGGAUGGCGAGAAUGCAGAAGAAUCUGGCCGAAAUGCGGUUACAGAUGGUCGCCCGAAAGACUGAACGAGAUGCACGGCGUUAUGUGGGAGUAAACCGUGACCUUUUAUUGGGCACCGGGAACUAAAUAUAAAAUAAAAUUCAGUGGUCGAUGCAAUUUAUUCGGUUGAUAAAUUAUUUGGUACUAACAAAUUAAUCAAUAAA